CUCCAAUGUUUCAUAGCUCUUCCAGUCUCAUUCCAGAUUAAUAUCAAUUUAUCUAUCCGAAUUUAUAUUAAUUUUAUCACUAUUUUUGUAUCUGCGUUGGAUGCCCAUCGGUGAGAAAAAGUAUCUAUGGCUUCAGUCGAUGAGAGAUCGUCCGUGAAUCUAUUGAAGUAUCAGCGACUCUUGAAUGUCAAAUCCCGUUCAAAGAAUGUUGGAAGUCCUAUGUGAGAAAUCCCAUGGUUGGAAGCCCAACCCCCUUCGCGUACCAGGAACUCUCCACGAACCCCUGAAGCCGUAUUUCCCGAAAGCUCUCCCUUGAUGUGAUUGGGGCUGCCGCCAAUUUGAGAUCGACAAUUGCGAUCGAGGAAAACCCCUUGCGGCACCCCUCAUCCCCUCAAACCUCUAGCAUAUUAUGGGUAAAAGCGAUACAGGAAAUUCCAAAGUCGAAUGCAAACCCUUGUUCUCUUCCUUAGCGAUAGUGACCUUACUGUAACUCUUAACAAGAACAUCCGUGAUGAAAACUCCACAAGAGCAAACAACAAAAAUACUCUAACCAUCGGUCAACAAGGAAACCCCACUACAGCACCGCCCACAUACAAAACCACCAUAACUUCUUCUAGACUAAAAGAACACAUUGCACAAACCUCACGAAGAAAGACGGAAAACAGCAAGCUUCGAUGGAACCCAAAACUCAAAAGAAUACCCAAAUCGAAUGUAGGCAAAACCUCGACCAAAGGAAAACGCCAACCAACGAUGAGAAUCAAAGCCCUUAAAUCAACAAUAGCUGGACGCAGAAGUGAAACAAACAAGAAUAAAUGAAACCUCACAUCGGAGAGCACUCGAAAACCGCAGUUAUAUGCCUCGCUGCGAGUGAUCAAUCGAUCGAUCUAGACUAUGCGCCCAACCUGUACUCCGCCGAUAGGGUUCAAAGUCCGACUUUUUAAUCGAUUAAUUUAGAUUACUAUUUUAAUUGGACUGAACUUUUCUGAUCUGGUAUCAUCUGUUCUGGUCUUGUAAAUGUCUAGUCUCUAUGUAUUUUAUAAUUGUCUAAGUCUGAUCUGGUCUGAUCUGAGACCGAAAAUAGUCUAAAUAAAAACAUCAUAACUGGUUUUAGGUCUUUUUCAUUUUUUGAAAAUAAAUC